AGACAGGUGCUGUAGGAGGGGGAGCAGAAAGAAGAAGAAGGAGGAGAUUUCUCCUUCAGCAGAACUGAGAAGAGAGAAGCCGCACACAGUUACGCAGAGGAAUUCCUAAACAGCUGUCCGGCAGACCUACUGCCUGUGAAAAACGGACAUCCAGGGAUAAUAGAAGGAAAAACAGGGUGAGAGACAAGGAAACCGCUGUAGACUACACUACGUAGAAAGAAUUUGGAACAGUAAAAUUUCACAAGGCAAGACACGACGUCUGGGGAAAGACCAGAGAGGUUCAUCUUAAGAAGAUAGAUACACAGGUAAAAGUUUCCCAUCUGGUCUUUUAGGAAGAAACCAGCCCAUCAUUUAGGCCUGAAGACUCCGAUAGUGAACAUCUACAAUUAUCAAGUGCCUGAGAAUGUAACUCCUGUAAUUUUCUGGGGAGAACUUGGAUCAGCAUCUGUUCUGAAACAUAGGACCAGAGGUUUCUUUCUUUUUAACCUUCCUCCACGGAUUUGACUCUUCUGAACAUGCCAGCCAAAACUCCUAUAUACCUAAAAUCCCACAACAGCAAGAAGGGGAAGAAGUGUCGCCUAAGAGACAUCCUGUCCCCAGACAUGAUCAGUCCUCCACUAGGAGACUUCCGUCAUACUGUUCACAUUGGGAAAGGGGGUUUGUGUGACACCUUUGGUGACAUGACCUUCCUUCAAGGCAAGUUUGAGCUGCUUCCUGGUAAGAGUGGCCUCGUUCGACAACAGUAUGGUGGCCAUGGCGAGUUCAUGCGAGCAAACAGUGCAUCAGACGCCUCGUAUAUCGAAACUCCUUCACCAAUCCUGAAGAAUGCGAUCUCCCUUCCUACCAUUGGUGGGUGCCAAGCACUGACCCUGCCUCAUAUCACUACCACCACAUUACCCUUGUCCCAGGACCCACUGGAUGACCCACCCACUCCACCUGGCUGUUCAGAGGUAACAGAUGACCUGGAGAUCCUGCAAAUAGACAGCCUUCUCCAGUCCAUAGCUAUCUUUAGACGUGAACCCAGUCCUGUUCCAGAGGAGGUUACUGAGAAAUCCUUAUUUCCUUUUAACCAUGUGGAGAAAUCACUGGAAAGGAAUACCCCCAGGUACACCUCUGGGAAUGAUGAUAGUAAGAAGACAUUAAUGCCUAUCUUUCUCAAUGGCAAUCACAAUGAAAAUGGCAACAGCAACAGAAGUAGCAACUGCAAAAACAACAGCAUCAACAAUAAUGGAUAUAAUGACAUGAACAGUGGCAUCUUUCAUUAUGAAAAAGAGCUGGCCAGCAUGAAUGGAGAUUGGGAAAACCGAGAUAGUGGUGUAGAGGAAGGACGCAUUUGUGACUUGGACUUUGAGCUCUCGAAAAGCAAGAGUCUGUCUCAGGAGUCUGUGAACCCCAACAGUGGGUCACUGCUGUCUCUUGAAUUGGACUUGGGCCCUUCUAUCUUGGAUGACAUACUCAAUAUCAUGGGUAAGCCUGAGUCUUGAACAAUGCCUGUGAAAGAAGAAGGAAGAGAAAAGAAAGACUUGCCAGUCUACUUAAACACAUACGAGUUUUGCAUAUUCAACCUUGGAAAUGAACUAAAAAGGCAGCGCCUCUGUGAUAUUUCUCUCAGUAUGUUUGUUUAACGGCAACGUUCUGCGCUUAACCAGUUUUGUUUCUCUUGUAGACAACAAGAGAUGCAUGCUUCAUCAAAAUUAGACAAGCUACACAGAGAUAUUUUUACCUUUCACUAUCGAGUUUAAUCUAGAAAUAAAACUGUUUGGUGUGCACAUCAGUUCCAUUACAGGUGUAAAUAAAAGCUGUACAUUUUACUGUAUACUGUUGCUCACUAAUGCACAAUGGUACAUGUUCUGUUCUGAUGAUGUAAUGAUCUCUCUCUAUGUGAUGUACAGCUGCGUGAAUUAUCUCCCAACUUUGUCACAACUCCUCACCCCACCCCUCCCUGUACAGAUAUUAUAUUUAUACUGACUCUUUUAUGUAUGCUACAAAAACAUCAAAGCAUAUACAGUACAUGUGUUUUUACUGUGUGAAGAUACAAUUAUAAAAUAAAUAAGUAAAUACUUUUUGAUA